AUGGUGUUAUGUGUAAGGAAUGAUGUUGGUAUGGGGAAGGGGAAGAUGGCGGCUCAGUGUAGCCAUGCGGCGCUGGGGGCCUACCGAAGGGCCCGAGAUGCACAAGAGGCGGUUAAAGCUGCAGCGCGAAGAGGCACCGGUUCCUCGACGCUUCCUCCAGAGAAACUCGAGUUUUACGAGAAGCUCUCAAUGUGGCUGGACAUCUGGGAGGAAGCAGGCGAGGCCAAGAUUGCCGUUAAGUUGCCCGAUGCAGAGGCUGGCUUGGCAGUCAUCAAGGCCGCCAUGCUGGAAGGGAUUAACGUGUUUUGUGUUCGAGACGCAGGAAGAACUCAAGUGCCGCGCGGGACAAUGACGGCCAUUGCUGUAGGCCCUGCGCCCAUAAGUCGUAUCAACAAAGUCACCGGACACCUGAAACUCCUCUGA